AUGGCCAUCGCGGGCCGAUCGGGCCGACACUUUGGCUUGCCCGACGCGGGCGGCCGGCCGCGGGUCGGGGGGCUGUUGUUUUGGGCGGCCGUGAUCGUUUCGAUCCCGCCGGGGCUCUUCGACUCCGAGGCCGUGGGCCGACGCGCGCUAGGUGCGCUGGGGACGACCAAUGGACCCAGACGUGUUUGUGAAAGCAUGGAUAUUAGAAAUUCACUGGAGUCGUUCAAGAAAUUAGAAAACUGCGAGGUGAUAGAAGGCUUCCUGCAAAUCCUGCUUUUCGACAGCGUCAACGAGACUGAAUUGUCUGAGAUGCAAUUCCCCUACCUGACUGAAAUAACAGAUUAUCUGUUGUUGUAUCGGGUAAACGGACUACGUAGCGUAGGACAACUUUUCCCGAAUUUAUCCGUGAUCCGCGGCCAAAAUACGUUUCUCGAUAAUGCGUUUGUGAUAUUCGAAAUGUCAACUCUACAAGAGAUCGGUCUCUAUUCCCUAUCCGUCAUCACCCGGGGAUCUAUCCGAAUCGACAAGAAUCCGUCUCUGUGUUUCGUGCACACCAUAGACUGGGACAGCAUCGUCAAAGACAAGACGGCGAAGAAGUUCGUCAAGAGCCUCAAACCCGCCAACGAGUGUCCCAUUUGCCCCUCUUCCAUCUACGGAAGGACCAGUGAUAGCCAUAGUAUUAGCGUUUCUUGCCCCAGAGCAUCUAGGAUUGACAGUGACAAUUACAUUAAUGCCAGACAUCUGUGCUGGAACAAGGACCACUGCCAGAAGAUUUGCCCGCUCAAUUGCAUGGCCUGCAACAACCGAGGACAAUGUUGCGACGGCUCUUGCUUGGCAUGCAGCGAUCGUGAUCCAAAGAUUUGCACCGUUUGCCACAAUUACAGUAUUGGUUUCGGAAGAAACAAGACAUGCCUCAACAGCUGUCCAAGGAAGUUAGUAGGGUACUUGGACAGACGUUGCAUAACGCCCUCGGAGUGCUAUAACAUGUCGAGACCCAUCCAGCUACAUGCUACCAGUGAUGUCGAAAAGCCCUACAAAAUACACGAAGAAUCCUGCGUUCUACAAUGUCCUGUCGAUUUCACAGAUAAUUACAAGACUCGUACCUGCGAUCCUUGUAGAGGAAGGUGUAACAAAACAUGCGAAGGUAUUACAAUAGACAGUGUGACUGCAGCAAAACAGUUGAGAGGAUGUACACACAUUGUAGGCAGUCUGGAAAUACAGCUAAGAGGAUCCACUAAUGUAACAGAAUUGGAAGAGAAUCUAAAGAUGAUAGAGGAGAUAUCGGAUUAUCUGAAAGUUGUGAGGUCGUUCUCAUUAGUCUCGUUGAAUUUUCUGAAAAACCUGAAGAGAAUUCGGGGGAAGAAUCAGGAAAGCAAAAGAUACGCGUUCAUCGUACUGGACAACCAAAAUUUGCAAGAAUUAUGGAGCGCAGAAAACCGAACUUUCAAGAUAGACAAUGGAACGUUUUACUUUCAUUUCAACCCUAAAUUAUGCUACGAUAAGAUAGAGAAAUUGAGAGAAAUCACUGGGCUCAAACCGUUCUCUGAAUUGGACGUUGCAAGAAACUCGAAUGGCGACAAAACAGCAUGUAACAUCAUACCGCUUCAACUCAACGUGACAGACAUAAAAAAUAAAGAGGUCACUUUGAGGUGGGUACCAUUUCAGAUUGAUGAUCAAAGGAAGCUCCUAGCUUACAGUGUGUAUAUCAGAGAAACGCCGUUGAGAAAUGUGUCGUUUUAUGACGGUCGAGAUGCCUGUGGGACAGAUGAAUGGCGAGUUGUUGAUUUUCCCAACCAAGAGGGCGAUGGCAUCAGAGUGAUGCAAUUGCAAAAUUUAAAACCCUACACUGAUUACGCACUCUAUAUGAAAACAUACACUAUUGCAAGUGAAAGGAAUGGAUCUCAAAGCGAAAUGAAGUAUUUUAGGACUUCACCAUCGAUGCCAACUUCUCCACUAAAUCUACAUGUUGUGAGCAACUCAAGUGACUCGUUGAGGAUAUCAUGGUCACCACCUGCCCAUCCAUAUGGUCAUAUUACUCACUACAUAGUUUCUGGAAAAAAGCAUCAGAAUGGAUAUUUGUACACAACAGACUGUCAAGAUUCUAUCACAAAAUUUCCCAAAGAGGACUACCGAAUUAUACCAUCAACCACACCCCUUCCACUGUCAAAAAAAGAUCAGUGUCAAUGUGAAGAUAACCCUCAGACAAGAACCAGCAUCGAUGAACAAGAGGAAUUAGGCAGAAUCAAGUUUGAAGAUGAAUUGCAUAACGAAGUGUAUGUAAAAAGUGAAUUACUCCUUGGUGAACCCAUUGAAGUGAACCAGGACAGUAUCCAGCCAGGGCUAGCCCAACGCAACCACGUUAGGCAAUCCAGGCCAACUACGAAGAAGAAGAGAGAGGUCGUAAUUUAUUCCAACAUUACACUUACCAACUCCACACCAACUGGCUUAUCUUCUAAUUCUCAUCCCGGCCCCGAAUAUAACCAAAUCCAGAACGUUACUGAAAACGGCACCAACAUAUGGGAGUCUUUCCAUUUUCCUAUUUAUGGAAAAACUCAUUUUUUCAUCAACAAGCUACAUCAUUACACCCUGUACGAUAUAAACGUGCAAGCAUGCAGAGAAGUUGAAGGGAAAGAUGAUAUUGACAGCCCUUGCAGUAGUACUAGCAUGCAAACUGAAAGAACUCAACCGAAAACCGGUGCUGAAAAUAUAAGCAGGAUCUAUAUCAACCAAAGUUUGGACACAGUAACAGUUUCAUGGGAGCCGCCAAGAGAUCCAAAUGGUGUGAUAUACAUGUAUUUGAUAGAGUACAAAAGAGAAGAUAUUGUGAAUGCAAGACCUACUCCGGAAUGUGUCAAUUCAAGAGAAAAAAACGAAACAAUGGUGUAUACGAUUCCGAAACUUUUUCCCGGCAACUAUAGCUUACUAGUUAGGGCGUAUUCUUCAGGAGGUGCAGGAUCUUCAGGCUACGUUUACUUCUACAUAAAAGAGCCCUCAUCAAAUACCGUUCUUAUUGUAUGCAUUAUCCUCGGUUUACUUUUCGCAGUUAUACUAGUUUCCGGAUUCCUAUGUAGGAAGCAUCAUAAGGAAAGAGAGAAUAUGAGACUUUUUCAAACGGUUAAUCCCGAAUAUGUUCCGAGUGUGUACGUCCCGGACGACUGGGAGGUUCCUCGGAAGAAAAUUGAUUUGAUCGAGGAGCUAGGCCAAGGCAGCUUUGGGAUGGUGUGGAAAGGAUUAGCACAUGACAUCAGGGGCAAGUCCGAAAUCAGGUGUGCUGUCAAGACUGUCAAUGAGCAUGCUACAAACAGAGAAAGAUUGGAAUUCCUGAAUGAAGCUUCAGUAAUGAAGGCUUUCGAUACAGCACAUGUAGUGAGAUUACUGGGAGUCGUUUCACAAGGCCAACCGACCCUGGUUGUCAUGGAACUGAUGGCGAAUGGCGAUUUGAAAUCGUAUCUUCGGUCCCAUAGACCGGACAUCGACAAUUUCGAUCCCAACCGCAUCAAACACCCCCCAUCCCUCAAGCAAAUCCUGCAAAUGGCCAUAGAAAUAGCCGAUGGCAUGGCCUACUUGGCAGCUAAGAAGUUCGUGCAUCGGGAUCUGGCAGCUAGGAAUUGCAUGGUCUCCGAGGAACUGACUGUUAAAAUCGGAGAUUUCGGGAUGACUCGUGACAUCUAUGAAACGGAUUAUUACAGAAAAGGGACUAAAGGCCUGCUGCCUGUCAGGUGGAUGGCCCCCGAAAGCCUCAAAGAUGGACUGUUCAGCAGCAGUAGCGACGUGUGGAGUUACGGUGUCGUCUUGUGGGAAAUGGCCACUCUGGCUUCACAACCUUACCAAGGCCUCUCCAACGACCAAGUCCUCAGGUACGUCAUCGACGGCGGCGUGAUGGAACGCCCCGAUAACUGCCCCGACAAGCUGUACACGCUGAUGCGCUUUUGCUGGCAGCACAAGCCGUCCGCCCGGCCGACGUUCCUGAAGCUGACGCAGCUGCUGCUCGACGACGCGAGCGCGACGUUCGCGCAGGUGUCGUUCUAUCACAGCGCGGCCGGCGCAGAGGCGCGCGCCCAUCGCAAGAGCCCGCCCCCGAACAGGGAAGACCCGGCGACGCCGCUGACGGACGCCUCGGAGAGGCUCGAAGGGUACACUCCAUCGCGAUCGCGGGACUCCGACGAACUGGACAUCGACACACACCACCGGUUCCCCUGCAUCUCGGAGAAUGGCGUCGGCGUCGUGGCGACGGCCAACGGGUACGUAGGUGGGUGCGCCACCAACGGAGCUGCGACGACGCAGUGCUAG